CAUCCAUCCACCGUAACGUCCCCCGGCUCUCCUCUGCUCCUCCAGCCGCGGAGGACACUCUCCGAGCGGGCAGAAGACGAAGCGAACCUCGGCGGGAACAAAAAUGGCCUUUUAACACUUUGGAGAAAUCCCAGGAAAAGAGACAUGGAUGUUUGGCUUAUUUCCUCCCAGCACCUCUUCCUCCUCCUCAUCCUCGCUUCCCAGAGCUGCUCCUCCGCCUCUGCUGACAGGAGAUUCGGAUGCCUGUUUGAGAGCGAGCUGUGUUCACCCUACGAGAUCUGUGUCAAUGAUGGUAUGUUUGGGAGGUGUCACUCUGUUCCGGUGAAGGAUGUUUACACCUACGACGUCUCCCCGUCUGUCGUCCAACGCUUCAGGGUUCUGCUGGAGAAGCUGUCCAACCGAGGUCUGACCUGGGACGAUGACGCCACUCAGCAGGUUCUGUCCAAAGAGUUGUCCAAACUGAGGAGGAUUCCCUACAGACCGCAGCAGAACGGACCGGUCUACAGUAUGGACAGCAGGCCGCUAGCUGAAGCCAUGGACCCAGUGGACCAGAGGGUGAAGCCAGUGGAGGUGGAGCUGAGCAGAAACCUGCAGACAUACCUCCAACGUCUCGGCCUCCUUCCCAAGACGCCGUCUGCCUCCAGCCUGAGCGCUCCAGGCAAGAGUGACCGUUUCCAAGCGGACGUCCCUGCAGACUUCUACCGCUCCAUGGCUUCCUCUCAGAGGUCGUCUCCCUCCAGCUUUGCUCCGGUUUCGCCCCUCCUCUCUCUGCAGAAGCAGAGACCUCCACCUGACCAGCUUCUCUCCACACAGGCUGAAGGUGACCUUCUCCUGGGGGCCCUGAGGCAGUAUCUCUCUGGGCAUCUGUCCCUGCACCAAGGGGGGCCGAGUCCUGCCGACAACGGUGAGGAGGCCCCCUCAGCCCGCCUGAGGCCCCUCUAUAGUAGCGGAAUGGACAAUUCUGGACCCAAAACAGAGACCUUAAAACCCAGGCCUCUGAAGACGGGAAGGAUUCAGGGGGCUCCAGUGAAGGACCCUCUGACUUCUGUGGAUGAGCGGUUCAUCGAGAAGGUCCUGAAGAACGUCGGCAGACAGCACGUGGAUGUAGACGAGCUGACUCAGCAGGACCUGGAUCAGCUGUCCAGCCUGAUCGCUGACGCUCUGCAAAUUGUCGACCAGGAUCAGGGACUGAACAGGGGCGUGACCAGGGCUAGACCUGGACCGAGAGACGUGGGAGAGGAGCAGAGAAGUAUGGAGGAAGAAGAGGAGGAGACUGUCCAGAAUGAAGAAGAGAAGUUACUAGAAAAUACUCCAACACUGAAGCCACAAGGGGGCGCUGCAACAGCACCUUCAGCACUUCAAGAGCGCCACACGGAUGGAGAGGAGCAGAGUGUGAAGGACGAGCCUGAGAAUCUCUUCACCAAACUCCUCGCCUACCUGGACAAAACAUCCAUCGACUCUCCGUCAUCAAGAACUCGUAAUGACGUUUCCAUGGAGUCACCCAGGGGCCACCUAGUGGGGUUAGAAAACGUCCAGAGCCGGACCAGCGAGGCGGGGGUGACGGUGCAGAAGAAAGACGCCACCCAGUCCGUGGAGGAGUUGUCAGAGGUGCACGGCUGGAUCAAGGAGGUGGCGCCCCCUCCUGCUUCGUUAGUGUACGAGGAGCCGCACAAGAAGAAGGUUCAGGUUCCUGAGCUGCAGCUGGACGUUAAACCUGGCAAGAAGAAGGGCGAUGAAGAUGUCUUCGGCUACGUCAUCACCGACACUGAUGGGCUGCAGACAGACGAAGGCCUCCACCUGAUGGAGAUCUUGGCUCGCAUGGCUAAAAUCCAGAUGACCGACUUCUCUGAGCUCUCGGUGGUGGGCCCCGCUGUGACCUUCAAAGUGAGUCCAAACACUCCCAACGUCAGCACGGCAGAUGUGGCCAACGUGGCUGUUGAGCAGAAGGCAGCGCUGGAGAAGGAAGCCAAGGUCAGCAUCCUGGAGGCCGGGGUCGCCGAUGGAAGUCAGAUCAACCAGAUCCCCACCAAGUACAGCCAAGCAGAGUCCACCAAGUUCCUGGUCCUCACCGUGGUGUCCAUCCUCUGCAUCGUGGGCGUCCUGCUGGCCUCCACCGUGGUCUACUGCCUCCGCCACCGCUCCCACCACAAACUCAAGGAGAAGCUCACCAACCUGGGGACGGACACCGGCGGGGAUGCUACUGCCACCUAUCAGGAGCUCUGUCGGCAGCGCAUGGCGGUCAAACCUCCGGUGGAGCGUCAGGAGCCCAUCUCCUCCAGGAUCAACAGCGUGUCGUCUCAGUUCAGCGACGCCGGUCAGGCCGUUAGCCCGUCAGCACGGAGCAGCGUCUCCUCCUGGAGCGAAGAGCCCGCCCACACCAACAUGGACAUCUCCACAGGUCACAUGAUCCUGUCCUACAUGGAGGAUCACUUAAAGAACAAGGACCGCCUGGAGAAGGAGUGGGAGGCCCUGUGUGCCUAUCAGGCAGAACCCAACGCCUCCACCAUCGGCCUGAAGGACGGCAACGCCAAGAAGAACCGCUCCACUGCUGUGGUGGCAUAUGAUCACUCCAGAAUCACCUUGAAGGUGGAGAACAGCCAAGGCAACUCUGAUUACAUCAAUGCCAGCCCCAUCAUGGAUCAUGAUCCCAGAAAUCCCGCCUACAUCGCCACCCAAGGCCCCCUGCCCUCCACUGUGGCUGAUUUCUGGCAGAUGGUUUGGGAGAACGGCUGUGUGGUCAUCGUCAUGCUGACCCCUCUGGUGGAGAGCGGAGUGAAGCAGUGUUACCACUACUGGCCCGACGAGGGAUCCAACCUGUAUCACAUCUACGAGGUAAACCUUGUGUCUGAACACAUCUGGUGCGAUGACUUCCUGGUUCGCAGCUUUUACCUGAAGAACAUGCAGACCAACGAGACACGAACCGUCACUCAGUUCCACUUCCUGACCUGGCUCAACCAGAACGUCCCUGAGACCAGCCGGACUCUGCUCGAUUUCCGCAGAAAAGUUAACAAGUGCUACCGGGGACGCUCGUGUCCGAUCAUCGUCCAUUGCAGCGAUGGCUCAGGAAGAAGCGGCACCUACAUCCUGAUCGACAUGGUCCUCAACAAGAUGGCUAAAGGUGCCAAGGAGAUUGAUAUUGCAGCAACGCUGGAGCAUCUGCGUGACCAGAGACCGGGGAUGGUCCAGACCAAGGAUCAGUUUGAGUUCGCAUUGACAGCUGUUGCAGAGGAGGUGAAUGCCAUCCUGAAAAAUCUUCCACAGUAGAAAGGAGCGCCUCCUUCUCCUCCAUCCUUGAGGACAUCCCCGACUCAAACCUCCACCUCCCAUCUGCUGUUCCCUCCUUCCCUCUCUUGUCAUUCCUUCUUUUUCCCUUACCCCUUUUCUCCCUCUUUCCUAGUUCUUACCUUUUCUCUUCUCUCCUUCGUUUCGUUCUGUAGCUUUUUACCCAGUCUUUACCUAUCUUAUCGUCUUUCUUCUUCUCCUUUCUUUAUCCAUAUCCCCUCCUCUUCUUCCCUCCACAGCCCUUCCUCUUUCUCCAUCUUAGUAAAACGUCAUGCCAGGAACCCGUUGACCCAGUCUUGUACAUAGAUAGACCUUCCUUCUAUUGUAAUGAUCCAUGCAGCCUGUUUUUCCAAAGCGACAUUUAAACACAUUGAAUAGAGAGUGAUGAAGAGUAUAUUUAUCAUCGUUUAUUUGCCGUGAUGAAUGAGGGCUUCGCUAAACGACGUCAGGUGGAUUUGUCAGUCCUUAAAGUUUGGGUACGGCUAAAUAGGUGAAUUUUUGUUGCAUUUUAUCAUUUUUAAUAGACAAAUUUAACAUGCCAAAUUCUGCUCUGAUAAGGCUGGCUACACACUAGACAUGUUUUAGUUUUAAUGUAUACUCCACAGACAUGAAUGUCCACAAAAAGUGAAAUUUGGAGGACAUGCGAUGUUGUUUGGCUGUUAGCAGUAUGAUGAUAUGUCUUCAUGAGACAUUAUAGAGGUACUAAUGUUUCCACAGUUCCACAAGCUGGUCUUCUUUUUCAUUAUUCUUAAGCUAGAAUCAUAGAUGUCAAAUGAAAGAUAUUUAAGGUUCAAGCUGGGGAAGCUCUGACGAGAUUGGGCCUCAUUCACCACUGUCUUCCUAAGAUUGACCUGAGAGACCUACGUAGGAUUCAUGACACGUUCUUAAACUUCAGACUUGCUCUCUCCUUGCAUCUUAAGUUGAUGAAUGCCAGGAGCUUGUGAGCUGGAAGUGCAAGCACAUUUCUUGUAAUUAGCACAGAGAAAUGCCCCUUUUGUGCCCAUAUAAGGGCAAGAGACUGCAGGGCAGUGUGCAAACACAGGAGCGAGAAAGGGGGGGGGGUAUCAGUGAUGCUCAAAUUAAAAUGAACUGUAAAAACAAAACCACAUUACUCUGAAUACUUUGUUAGUUGUAAAGUGGAUGCAAUGCUGCAAAUGACACCAAAAGAGAGGAAAGAUAAUUCUAUUUAUAGCACCAGUAGUGGGUAUUAAAUACAUGAAUUGGAUGGAAUUAUUAGUUCAGGACUCAUUCAAGAUCAGUUAAACAAACGCCAAUCAUGCAGGAGGGGGUGUCAUGUUUUUAGACGAGUAUGAUUUGAUUAUCAUAACAUUUGGUGACUUUAAAAUGAAGGAGUAUCAUUACAACACAUUCAUACCUGCAGAUGCACGCAUGUCUGUGUGCACAUGUUCUACAUUUGUCCUUAUUAUUUAACAUUUGCAGCUUCGGCCAAACACUGCCUGUCUAAAUCAAUGCUUAACCAUGUUUAGGUUAUGUAUUUUGCUAAUUAUUUAUUCAUUUAAAAGUGUUUAAUGAUUAAACUAGAAAAGCACUUGGAGAGCGCAGACGUCCGCCAUUAGCUCAAUCUCCCAAUAGUGAAGAAUCCUUUAAAACAGUGGUUUUCAAAUGGUGUGCCUCAAGGCAAGUCUAGGUGUGCCGUGGGAAUUUGUACAAUCCAUUAUUACUACAACUUUAUGGCAAGGACUGUAAGCAGGCCCACCCACGGAUCUGGACCCCUGGAAAACCCCAGAGAAUGGGAUUUAUCGAUGAUAUCAGUGUGUGUGUGUGUUGGAUCAGUAGCAUUGGUGCUAACAUCCUGGCUAACAGUUACCUCACUAAGAGCAUAAAAGCAUGGCAAACUAUUACUGGGUUGAAAUUGGUGUUGAAAUUAUAAAUUCAUGCCAUUUUUAACCAAGUUGACCAACUUUUCUACCUACUUGUGCCACUUCUUAUUACUACUUUUGACCCAUUUUUGCCCCUUUUCUGAGAUUUUUGCUGCUUUUAACCCAUUUUUGCUAUUGUUUGGCCAUUUUUUUUGCCAUUUUCCCCAUCACUUUUGACUCCAUUUUACCACCUCUUAUGAAUUCAAGCAUUAAUUUCACACUUUUCUGCCACUUGUGAUCUAUUUUGCCACCUUUUGGACACUUUCAGCCCAUUUAUGUCACAUGCUUGCCAAUAUUUUUGCCCACUUUUGCCUUUUUCACCACUUUUUUGCCCAGUUUUGCCUUUUUAUCACUUUUAACCCAUUUUUACCACCUUUUUACAACAUUUAAUCCU